AUGAAAGUUCUAUUAAUUCUAGCAAAUCUUGUACUUAUACAAGGGUAUAAACGCAAUUUUAACAUUAACCUGGCACUAGUAGAUGAUAAUGGAAACAUACAAAUUAAUGACGUUAAACUCUUAAACGAUACAAACGUACAAAAUCCACCAACAAAUAGAGUUAAUGCCAACCAUCCUGGAUAUGAGAAUAACCACAAUUCGCAGCAGAAUAAUGAAGUGUAUCCACAGUAUAAUGCUAGGAAUGACAAUCUUCAACAUCAAAGAGCUCCGUUGAAUCCUCAGCAUACACAACCUACAAACACCAGACCACCACAGCCGUACAACAACAGAAACACAAAAACCUGUGUAAUGAAUAACAUAAACUGUGCGUUGUCAGGCGCGAAUGGAAAGAAGUUGGAACACUGUUUAUCUUGUGCGAAUACAAUAUAUUCACCAACCGACUGUAACAAAUAUGAGCCCUUGUCACUCAUAUCAUUAUUCUCAAAAAACACUUAUGCAGGUGGUGGAAAUUCACUUCUAGAACUGGAGAGUGAAGCUACGGAUUUGACUCUGGAGGGUUUGAAACCCUUGAACAUAAAGCCAAAAGUUUCAGUACAUGAAUUGUUAUAUUCAUACGAUAAGAACCACUUGAAUACUCGAGAUCCCUAUUGUAACGAUUAUGAAUGCAUGAGGUUAAAAGAUAGAAACAGCUGUAUAUCAAGACUUUACCCACAAAAUCAAUAUGGAUGUGGGAGUUGUUGGAUAUUUGCGAAUACGCUCCAUUUGGAGAUUUUGCUAUGUAUGGAAAGUGCCACGAAGCAAAUUAGAAGGUUCUCUGAAAUGUAUAUUGCGUCAUGCCUGAGUGUGAAUAACAGAGAUCCUUGCAAAGGAGGAAACACUUAUGAUUUCAGCCAAAUCAUCUCACAAUUCGAAUUUAUACCGAGCAAGGACAACGUCAAGUACAACGUUCCUGUUUUGAACACUUGCCCAAGAUGGGAUUACAGUUGGAUAAACCAGAAGCCGAAAAUAGAACUUCUGUCACCCAAAAACAACAAAUUAAACUCAUUCAAAGGAUUCAUACUUAUUAAGAGGGAAGAGUAUGACGAUAAGAACGAGUUUAUAAACUUGGUAAAGGACAUGAUAAAGGAAAAGGGUAGUGUGGUUAUCAGUAUGAAGGGGAAAUCAGUUCUGAAACCAGAUCAUGAUGGUAAAAAGGUUCUGAACCUAUGUCAUCAUGGAUAUGGAACUCAUUCAAUGGUUAUAAUUGGGUAUGGUAAUUACGUGAACGAGUAUAAUGAAACUCGAAGAUAUUGGUUAAUUCGAAACAGUUGGGGUCCAAAUUGGGGAGACAAUGGAAACUUUAGACUAGAUAUAGAUGGACCUGGCAACUGUAAUGGGAAUAUUUUUGAAUAUGCAGGUAACAGAUAUACAAAAUACUAUCUUUUAGUUGUUUUAAAUGUCAAGAUUAAUAAGAAUACGAACAAGGUAAAAUACGGAUACGUACCUCAAAAGUUAAGUAAACUAAGCAACGGAGUAACAAAGAAGAUAAAUGUCAAAUACAAUAAUAAAGUAUACUCAAGGUUAAUAUUCCAAGAAGGUAAAGGAUUAUUUUUAAAAUUUAUUAUAGGUCAAACGAGUCCGGAACUUGACUGCAACAGGGCAUUUAGUAUAAAUAGGGAUAGGAAUGACGAAUGUGUAGAGAAAUGUAAACGAAAUUUAGAAAUGUGUAAAUCUUACAACGUAAAAGAUAUUGGUCUUUGCCUCUUCUCCAUUGACAAAGACUACGACUGCAUGAUGUGUGGUGUAUAA